CGGUGUCACACUCCGAGCGAAGGCGCGAAGUCUCGAAUUGGGUCAGAGCUCUUCAUUCGGGAGUUUGUUGGCGAAGCGGCAUUAUGGCGGCUGCUGUGGAGGAAGAGGAGGCCAUGGAGUGUUGUUCAGAUGCCCAGGAUCCGAAAUUGCAAGACGCCUUUGGCAAUGAUUCAGACAGCGGACAGGGCAGCUGCGAAAUGAGCUCCCCGGCACACAUCCAGAAGGGAAGGGCACCUCCUGAAGAUAGAGCAGAUUCAGAUGAAGAGAUUUUUGUGGUCAAGAGAGUGAAAGGUAAGAAGGUGCUCCCAGAGAGUGACAGUGAAAGAGAAGACCUCAUGCCGGAAAAAUCAGAGGCUAUAGAUGUUGAAAAUGUGAAGGACAUCCAUGACAGUGAUGUAGAAAACUUAUCACCGAAGUUGCUGUUGGAAAGCUCCGAGAAGGAUCGGAAGAAGCACAAGCGCCACAAAACGCAUGAUGCGAAACAAACUGAAGGAAAGGAGAAAGGAAGUCCAAGGAGAAGGAGGAUGAAGAAAGAGAAGAAAAUGAAGGUCAUUAGACAGGUCUUGAAGAAGGAAAAAACACAAGAACGAAAGGGCCAGGAAGAUGGCGAGGAGCUUUCGUUCAAUGACAGCGGAUGCCUUCUGACUGACAAAGACCUCUUUGAGAAUGGCUUGGAGGAAGAGGAGGAAAACGGUGGGGAUCCUCGUUCUGAAGACGAAGAGUCGCUUGAGUCCAUCAAAGCAGCAGCAAAGGAGAAAAUGAGGAAACAGAAGCUAUUUUCUGAAACUGAAGAUUACCAGCAUGCGAUAGAUGACAAUGUGGAACCACUGCUAAAGGAGCCUAGAAAGGAGCGGAAAUCAGCCAAAUUAAGCAAAGAAGCAAUGAAGAAGUUGCACAGUGAGAGCCAGAGACUUCUUAGAGAAGCUGCUGUGUCGCUCCCCUAUCACCUUCCAGAAGCCAAAAGCGUCCAUGAAUUCUUCAGACGCAAACCUCGUCCUGCCUUCCAGGGAAGUGCAAUGACUUUGCUGAAAUCAAGUAAAUAUCAGCCCAGUCUUGAUGAAGAAAGUGUGGUUCCAAAGAACUCUGAUGGGAAAGAGCAACUUGACAAAUCAGAAAUGCAGCAACAGGGGCAGAGAGUUGAUCCGGAAGAUUCACCUCCUCUUAACCUUGCGUUUCCAGAAAGAAGUGGAUCUUCCACUGAGAAAGUGGAAAAAUCGGCAGGAGAAUGCCUUGAGCAAAAUGGACAGGACAGCGAUUCUAAAACCGAGUGCCUCAGAGAGGAGUGGAGAUCCGACAAUCAAGAAAAGCAUGACCAGAUCCCCACUGAAUGCCCUGAAUCACUGGGGAAUGAAGGGGAAGAAAAUGCCCUUCAACAGAGAGAGGAGCCACCAAAAGAAUCUUGCAUAGAGGUCAAAGAAGGCCUUCAGCCACCAAAGACUGCAGUGGUACCUCCUGCUGAAAAGACAAAGAAGUCUAAACUGGAUCGGCUUCGGGAGCUGGGAGUGGACCUCACCGUCAAGCCAAGGCUGUGCUCUGAGGAUGUGUCCUUUAUUGAUCUUGAUGAACCUAAAUCGAACAGAGGGAGAAAACCAGAACUUGAAGCCCUGAAAGAACGAUUUGUGAAGCACACUUUUCAUGCAGCCAAACCAAAGAUGGAGCGGACGGUGAACUUGAACAUUAUCCGCAAAGAGACGACUAAUGAAGGCAAAAAGGAGCUGAAAGCUGAUGUUGUGCCUGUGAUCCUGGCUGCGGAGUCUGGAGAAGAUGCCAUCCCCACAAAGCCAGGUGAGAAGUUAUGUCUGCUGAAGGCUCACCUGCAGGAGGCCAUGAAGCUCCGCCGGAUGGAGGGACGCCAGAAGCGUGAGGCAUUGUAUAAACUGGAUAAUGAGGAGAUGAUGGAGGAGGAAGAGGAGGAGGAGGAAGAGGAGAUGACAGAUGAAUCUGAGGAAGAAGAGGAAGGCAACCAGGAGGGUAUUGAGUAUCUCCUUGGUGAAGCCGAGGAGGAAAAUGAGGAGGAGGAAGAACAAGAUGGGGACAAAGAAACAGACAAAGAGUCCAUUGACGGGGAAGCAGUGGUCAAACCUGUCCAAUGCAGGGCUGUUCCAAAGCCUCCUUCCACCGAGUCAACAUUGUUGCUGUUCAAGGACAACUCGUCAAAAACAGGAUGUUCUCUUCCGGGUGAAAAGACUGAGAUGGACGAAGCUGUGGGCAAACGACCAGAGAAACUGGAAGAUGAAGAUUCGUUUUUGAUGCCCAAUUUGACAAAGGAGAACAGCCACAACAGCAGCUUUGAGCUCAUUGGUUCCAUGAUCCCCUCCUACCAGCCGUGGAAUAAGCAAGUGGCACGUGGUGGCAACUUCCUGCCUGCCAUUGGAGCCGUACGCUCGCCUUCGCCUGGUUUUUUCAAGACAAGCUUCGUCAGCACUGCCUCCAAGAGUUCAGGGAAGGCAUCUGAGCCCUCCCUCCCAAUAGAGGACUCGCAGGAUCUCUACAACGGUACACCGGAAGAGAAAAGCCCAGUUCCAGCAGCUGGGAGGUUCCAGUUCCAGUUCUCCCUAGAAGAUGACACUCAGAGCCAGCUGCUCGAUGCGGAUGGGUUUUUGAAUGUCGGCCAUCAACAGAACAAAUACCAGUUGCCCAAGAACCCUCUUCCUUUGGCCAGCAUGGACGAGAAUGCAAUGGACACCAAUAUGGAUGAACUACUGGAUCUCUGCUCUGGACAGUUUGGAUCCCAGGACAAGCCCCAAAGCACUUACAGCAGCAAGAAGCCAAACAUGGAGGAACUGCUUAACCUUUGCUCUGGGAAAUUUGCAACUCAAGAUUCUCCCGUUCGAGCCUCUUCCAGGCCUUCACCCCUGGAAAAAGAGGGCCGCACCGAGGACCCCAUGGCUGAGGCUGUAGCCCUUUGCUCUGGGUCAUUUUCAACAGAGAGGGAAGUGGAAGAGGAAGAAGAGGAUGAAUUUAAAGACUUCCAGCUUGUAACUGCUUUUGACAGUGAAGAAGAUGAGAAGAGCAAAUGGGGGGAAGAAGAGGAGGAGGAAGGGAGUGAGGAGGAGGAGGAGGAGGAAGAAGAAGAAGAAGAAUGUGAAGAUGAAUCAGAAGUUGAUGACGAAGAGGAAGUGUUGAGACGAAGAGAAGGACUAAAGAAGAAAUUCAUAUUGCAGGACUUUAUGGAAAACGAGGCUGAGUUAUCAGGGAGCGAAGUGGGAAGCGAGGAUGAAUAUGACGGUGAAGACCUCGACGAAUAUGAAGAAGAUGUCCUUGAUGAGGCCCUCCCCACAGAUGUGGAACUGCAGGAUCAAGUCAACAAGAUACACAUGAAGGUGAUGCUGGACGAUGACAAACGGCAGCUGCGUUUGUAUCAGGAGCGGUACCUUGCCGACGGGGACCUGCACAGCGACGGUCCUGGAAGGAUGAGGAAGUUCAGGUGGAAGAACAUAGAUGACUCCUCCCAGAUGGAUCUGUUCCACAGAGAAGGUGAGGAGGACCAUGAGAACGAGGAGCAGCUGGAUGAGACGGAGGCCAAAUGGAGGAAGGAGCGCUUUGAGCGGGAGCAGUGGCUCCGGGAGCAGUCAGAGAAAGGGGAAGAGGAAGAUAUAGACGAGGAGAGCAGCCAGUUCAUGAAACUCGCCAGGAAAGUCACCGCUAAGUCACUGCAAAAUAAAGCCAAACCUCCAGCAACUGUUCAGGAGUCUAAGUCGCUUUCCCGAAAUCCAUUUGAAGCAUUUCGUCCUGCCAGCAACCCUCAGCUGAAGAACGGAUCCCUGCUGAACCGGCCCAAAGAAGUCUUGCAGAAGCUGGCGGCCAUGUCGGGCCUCAACCCAAACGCCCCGAGGAACUCGCGGAACUUUGUCUUCCAGACACUUUCCCCAGUUAAGAGCAAAGAGACAACAGAGAAGCCCAAGCCUCAGGUCAAGAAGAGAGCUCCCAUUCCCAUUGCGGCACCUUCUCCCAAACGGCUGCGUCUCGACAGCACUUUAGCGCAAGAAACCCGGAGUAUCUUCCAGUACUUGGAGCGAUAAACAUUGCUGUCUGUUGCUACCACAUCCCGUCUGGUUCCAUACGCUUUCUAUAUUGCCCAGGGAUCCAAAAGCAAGACAGUCCCAAGUGUAAAUCCCUAAUCUUGGGGGGAAACACCAUGCUCUAUGGAUAUGAUGGCAUUUGUGGCACUGGAUUUUCAGGCACAAAGAGGAGAGCAAGGGAAAACAGGGUAUGAUUUAUGUAACUGGAUUUAUGCAUCAAGUGCAGCAUUAAUGGUGAGCCUGCUUUUCUCCACCUUGGUCGCCUCUUGGUUUUAGUCUCCAUCUGACUCCCAAGAAGUGGUUUAUUUUGAGACUAUGAUUCCAUGGUUUUUGACCACUACAGAAGCUGGUAUAUAUUUUCUCCUGUGCUGUGGGAAGCAUCUUGACUACAGAAAUGGGACCGUUCCUUCUUUGUUUCCCCGCCAAAUUAAUUUCUGUGAAGACAACUGUGUACUGUAGAGCAGGAUAUAUAAGAUCCUUUCCCUUUUUAUUCCCUGCACCUCAUCCUCACGUAGUUUGUCUGAUUUUUA